AUGUCCGCAGUCGCCAAACGUCGCCUCGAAGCUGUCAGCCAGCAGCUGGUUGAGGGGAUGCCCGACGCGGGGAAGUUCGAAGAUAUCCCCAGAAUCCGCACCGUAGCCCCUGACUCUGUCGGACCCCGCGUCAAAGACAAAGUCGUCAUCGUAACAGGAGUCAAUUCCCCCGCGGGCAUCGGCCGCGCCAGCGCGCACCAGUAUGCCCACAACGGCGCCAAAGCCGUCUACCUGUGCGACUACGCAUCGACGCACCUCGCGACGCACAAGCGCGAGAUUGAGGCCCUGUACCCGGGCGUGGAUGUGCACGUGCGGCAGUUCGACGCGGCGGAUGAGAGCGCCGUGAAGGCGGUCGUCGACGAGGCGGUGGCCAGCUACGGCCGGCUGGACGUGUUUUUUGCGAAUGCCGGCAUCGUGGGCCAGAAUAAGCUGUUCACGGAUGUCUCGGGGGAGGAGUUUGCGGCGACGUUGAGGACGAAUACCGUUGGGGUGUUCCUGGCGGUCAAGUAUGCGUCCAUCGGUAUGAAAGUGACCUCAGCAGCGAAGCCGUAUCCCUCCGGCUCGAUCAUCUGCACUGCGUCUGUGGCCGGGCUGCGCUCCAAUGCCGGGUCGACGGAUUACUCUGCCUCCAAGGCGGCGGUGGUGUCGAUCGCGCAGACGUGUGCGUACCAGCUGGCGGGCACGGGAAUCCGCGUGAACGCCAUCUGUCCUGGGUUGAUUGAGACAGGAAUGACGCAGAAGGUGUUUGAUGCGGCACGCGCGCGGGGCACGGAGCGCAAGGUCGGGCAGCUGAAUCCGCUGCAGCGCGGCGCGGUGGCGGACGAGGUGGCUCGCGUGGCCUUGUUCCUGGGCAGUGAUGAGAGUAGCUAUGUCAAUGGGCAAGCGUGGGCUGUAUGUGGUGGAUUGAGUGCGGGACACCCUUUCGUGCCAGGCAAGCUGGCAUAA